AUGCCCCAGAUUCCACUGCCGCCAUCGGCAACAGUGCAGACGUCGUCGGAACCUCCCAGGACGUUAUGGAUGGGAGACUUGGAUCCCAGUUUCGACGAAGCCACGAUCCAGCAGCUGUGGGAACAGCUGCAGAGACAGGUCAAUGUCAAGCUGAUCCGGGCGAAAAAGAACCUGCUGAUUCCAUGUAGCACCAGCAGCACGUUCAGCGAGGCGGCCAAUGGCGAGGGUGGAGGCCGGCCCACGGAUGAGCUGCCGCGGGCGGAUGCAGAGGCCGGAGGGGAGCCAGCAGCAGCGGGCACAGGCCCGACGCAGGGCGAAAGCCGCGGCGCGGGCCAGAAAAUCAACAUCAAUGGGGUGUCGUUCAUCGACCCCAACACCACGCAGCUGCACCACGCGGGCUACUGUUUUGUCGAGUUCCAGAGCCUGGAGGACGCACACUGGGCGCUCACGCUCAAUUCCACGCCGCUGCCAAACAUCACCAGUCAUUCCACACAGUUGCCGACCAAUCCGUCGGGACUGCGAAAUUUCAGGCUCAACUGGGCCUCCGGCGCCACGUUGCAGAGCACGAUUCCCUCGACCCCCGAGUUCUCGCUGUUCGUGGGCGAUCUUUCGCCCACGGCCACCGAGGCCCACUUGUUGUCGCUCUUCCAGAAGAACUUUCGAAGCGUGAAAACGGUGCGCGUCAUGACCGACCCCAUAACCGGGGCGUCUCGGUGCUUUGGGUUCGUGCGCUUUGGCGACGAGCAAGAGCGGCGCCGCGCGCUUGUCGAGAUGAAUGGCGUCUGGUGUCAAGGCCGCAAUUUGAGGGUCGCCUACGCCACUCCGCGCAACAACGUCGUGUGGCAGCCCAACCCGGCCAGCCAACAGCACCAGGCCCCGCAGCAACGGCCCCCGCCCCCUCCCAUGUUUGACCAAGAACACCCCCCAGCGCAGCUUCCACACUUUCCCCCCAAUCCACAUCACCAUCAGCAUCCACAACAGCACGAGCUACCGCAUCAACUGUUUAACAGCUUCCCUCGCUAUCAAGACCGCCCGUUACCAGGCAAUUACAUGGUUAAUGACGCUGCUACCGGUGCUUCAUUGGCCCAACCCGAUUACCGUCAGACCCCGUUACUCGUGAAAACUGCCAACUCCUUGGUGAAUAAUAACCUCAUUGAUUUUCCCCCUACCGCCAGCGAUCAGCAACAAUAUCAGUUCAUCCCAUCAUCAGCGACAAUCGGAGCAUCCGGAAUCGCCCCCAUGCCCCAAAGUGGUAGUCGUUCCGCAUUCACCAACCCUAACAACACUACCGUCUUUGUUGGAGGCUUGACGGCUCAAAUCUCAGAGCGCCAAUUGCACUCUAUGUUUGCACCCUUUGGUGCCAUCGUCAAUGUUAAAAUUCCGCCAGGGAAAGGCUGCGGAUUUGUAAAGUAUGCAUACAGAAUUGACGCCGAAGCCGCCAUCCAGGGCAUGCAGGGCUUCAUUGUGGGCGGGAACCCAAUAAGACUAUCUUGGGGUAGAACCUCAAGUGACUCAGGCAGACAUAGUGCCAUGCAGGACGUACCAUCUUCUUUUUCCAACGUCAAUGUCAAUUACUCGUCGCCGGUUUGGAACAACACCACUGCCACUGCCUUGGCCGCUGCACCCCAAGCAUAUUCUUCCACACAGCCACAACGCCCGGAUUCCUCUAAUCAGGUAAACAGCGUACCUCCUGUCCAUCCCUCAUUGUUGUGA